AAAGUGCAAAGUUCUGACAUUUUCCAAAGAGGGAACAUUUAAAGUUAUUGCUUUACCUCUGACUGGUACAACGCAUUGAAACUGGAGGCUCCUUCCAAAACACUAAAUAAAUAUAUCCUGAGGGACAACUUGACUAUAUCAACGACUGCAGGUUUUUUAAUCAGAUUAUAUGGCACAUCCAGCACACAAGUCUAAGUGAAUUAGCUGUUGCUAUGGAAACAAUGUGUGUAAUAUUUCUGGAAUGUUUGUGGAAUAUAUCUGGAUUAGGUGAGGAUGUGUGAAAUGUGUAUGGAACACUUCUGGAAUAAGUGUGGAAUAUGUCUGGAUUAUGUGAGGAUGAUGUGUGGAAUAUAUGUGGAAUACGUCUGGAGUAUGUGUGGAAGAUGUCUGGAUUAUUUGAGGAUGUGUGGCAUGCGUGUGGGAUAUAUCUGGAUUAUGUGAGGAUGAUGUGUGGAAUAUGUCUGGAUUAUGUGAGGAUGAUGUGUGGAAUAUAUCUGGAUUAUGUGAGGAUGAUGUGUGGUAUAUGUGUGGAAUAUAUCUGGAUUAUGUGAGGAUGAUGUGUGGUAUAUGUGUGGAAUAUAUCUGGAUUAUGUGAGGAUGAUGUGUGGAAUAUGUCUGGAUUAUGUGAGGAUGAUGUGUGGAAGAUGUCUGGAUUAUGUGAGGAUGAUGUGUGGAAGAUGUCUGGAUUAUGUGAGGAUGAUGUGUGGAAGAUGUCUGGAUUAUGUGAGGACGAUGUGUGGAAGAUGUCUGGAUUAUGUGAGGACGAUGUGUGGAAGAUGUCUGGAUUAUGUGAGGACGAUGUGUGGAAGAUGUCUGGAUUAUGUGAGGAUGAUGUGUGGAAGAUGUCUGGAUUAUGUGAGGAUGAUGUGUGGAAGAUGUCUGGAUUAUGUGAGGACGAUGUGUGGAAUAUGUCUGGAUUAUGUGAGGACAAUGUGUGGAAUAUGUCUGGAAUAUCAAGCUCAAAUUUUGUGCAGUAUGGUGCUGCAGCUAGCUCUCACGAACAAUCACGUACAUCUGCCCAGAUUUUCCUGCAAAUGCAUCGGUUAACUUGUAGUUGCUGAGAGGUGUGUGUGCCUCGUACUCCUCCCGUGAAUGCCUCUCACCAUGGCUAAGAGGGAGACGGGCAGCACCAGCCCUGUGGUGCGACAGAUAGACAAGCAGUUCCUGGUCUGCAGCAUUUGUCUGGAGCACUACCACAAUCCGAAAGUUCUGCCCUGCCUGCACACCUUCUGCGAGAGAUGUCUCCAGAACUACAUCCCGCCGCAGUCCCUCACUCUUUCAUGCCCAGUGUGCAGGCAGACAUCCAUCCUGCCUGAGAAAGGCGUAGCAGCGCUGCAGAAUAACUUCUUCAUCACUAACCUGAUGGAGGUGCUACAGAGAGAGGCAGAGUGCUCGCAGCCCGAGGAGCGCGGAGUGCUAGAGUCAGCCAGCGCCGCCAACUCGGCCCAGCCGCUGUCCUGCCCCAACCACGAAGGCAAGGUGAUGGAGUUUUAUUGCGAGUCGUGCGAGACAGCGAUGUGUCUCGAGUGUACGGACGGAGAACACCGCGAGCACGUGACUGUUCCUCUGCGUGACGUUCUCGAGCAACACAAAGCAGCGCUGAAGAGCCAGCUGGACGCCAUUCGCAACAGGCUUCCUCAGCUGACGGCAGCCAUCGACGUAGUGAACGAAAUCUCCAGGCAGCUCUCGGAGAGGAAGAGCGAGGCCAUAUCUGAGAUCAGCAGCACGUUCGAGGAGCUGGAGAGAGCACUGCACCAACGCAAGAACACCCUCAUCACUGACCUGGAGAACAUCUGCAGCACCAAGCAGAAGGUGCUCCAGACCCAGCUGGCUGCUCUCCUGCAGGGGAAGGAGAAUAUCGAGAGCAGCUGCAGCUUUACAGAGCAGGCUCUGAGCCACGGCAGCGCCACCGAGGUGCUGCUGGUGCAGAAGCAGAUGGGAGAGAGAGUGGCAGCGCUGGCGCGCCACGCUUUCCCCGAACAGCCACACGAGAACGGGCAUCUGGAGUGCCAAGUGGAGACCGAAGGCCUCCGUCGCUCCAUCCAGAACUUGGGGGUUCUUAUCACCACCAGUGCUGUGGGUCACACCAGCGUGGCUACAGGAGAAGGACUACGGCAUGCCGUGGUGGGACAACACAGCACCGUUACCGUUACCACCAAGGACAAGGCUGGGGAGUUGGUGAAGACGGGCAGCGCCGCUCUCGUCGCUCAGAUCACCGGACCCGACGGCUCGGUCACUGCCGGCGAGGUGACGGACAACAAGAACGGCACGUACGAGGUGGGCUACACGCUGUCCAGCGACGGCGAGUUCUCCUUUUCCCUGCUGCUGUACGGCCAGGCUGUGAGGGGAAGUCCGUUCCGCCUGCGCGCAGUCAAAGCCAGCGACGCCCCGCACUCCCCUGAAGACGUCAAGAGACGUGUGAAAUCUCCCGCAGGAGGUGGAGGAGGGGCUCACGUCCGCCAGAAAGCACUGCGUCGUCCCGCCAGCAUGUACAGCACCACCAAGAAGAAGGAGAACCCCAUCGAGGACGAGCUCAUCUUCAGAGUGGGGUCGAGAGGGCGCGAGCGGGGUGAGUUCUCCAACCUUCAGGGCAUCUCCACAUCCACCAACGGACGUAUAGUGGUGGCUGACAGCAACAACCAGUGCAUACAGGUGUUCUCUAACGAUGGUCAGUUCAAGCUGCGCUUCGGGGUCAGAGGUCGUUCGCCAGGGCAGCUGCAGCGUCCGACCGGUGUGACAGUGGACAUGAACGGGGACAUCAUCGUAGCAGACUAUGACAACCGCUGGAUCACGAUCUUCUCUUCUGAUGGAAAGUUUAAAAGUAAAAUCGGAGCAGGGAAGCUGAUGGGACCCAAAGGAGUAGCUGUGGACAAAAACGGUCAUAUAAUAGCUGCAGACAACAAAGCCUGCUGCGUCUUCAUCUUCCAGUCCAACGGCAAACUGGUGACCAAAUUCGGAGCCAAAGGGACGUUAGACAGGCAGUUUUCAGAUAAAAUUACUCCAACCACCCCAACAGAGCCAAAGCUAAGUAAAUCAGGCCCCGCAUUCAGUCCCCAUUUCGUGACGGUGAACAACAAGAAUGAAAUAAUAGUGACCGACUUCCAUAAUCACUCUGUUAAGGUUUAUAACGCAGAUGGCGAGUUCCUGUUUAAGUUCGGUUCUCAUGGAGAAGGUAACGGCCAGUUUAACGCUCCUACAGGAGUGGCAGUGGAUGGGAAUGGUAACAUCAUCGUCGCAGACUGGGGUAACAGCAGGAUACAGGUGUUCGACAGCUCGGGCUCGUUCCUGUCGUACAUCAACACGUCAGCAGACCCGCUGUACGGCCCUCAGGGUCUGGCCCUCACCUCCGAAGGACACGUGGCCGUGGCAGACUCGGGGAACCACUGCUUUAAAGUCUACCGCUACCUGCAGUAGGAAUCCCAUCAAGGAUCAUCCAGCAAAAGUAUUGUACACGUGUAACGAAUUUCUUUGCACAACCACAAAGGCCCCUGCCACCGAAACGACCUUGAUUCGAGUCAAAUUGAAGUUCGAGCAGGGUCUGACGUUUAUCCCCUCAUCGCUAUUGCGCCGAUUCGAAUCGAUUGUGAAUUCUUCAUUAAAUCCAAAAAAAGACCAAAAAAAAAAACUAGACAGCAUCACCAACAUAUGAGAGUAAUAACAAUCACAGCACUCUGAGCAGUGUGUUUGUGAAGGCAGCUACUCUUCAGCUUUUACACCGGUUGGUUUACCGUCACUCAAUUAGGACAUUUUCAGCGGCACGAAAUUCCUUAAUUAUCGACAAGCUGUCUGGGGAAAACACCAUACUGUGAAAACAAAGCCAUUUCCCAUCAGACUUACUCUCCGUGCGUCGACUCGUCGCAUACGUUCAUGCAUUUCUAUCAUAUCGUGUGCAUUCAUCGCUUUCGCAAAGCCACCGUGCUUCAGUACGAUAAAGCUUCAAAUGCCAGUGUUUUCAGCUCUUGAUGUACAGGUAGAGAGGACACGCAGCUUAUAGUCCUAACGCUCAUCCGCCUUAAAGGUCUCUGCGUAUAUCUGACAGGGGUGUCCGCCAUAUCACCCAGCACGACAGCACAACUCUAGACGUAGUGAAGGAAACUUUAAUUUAUUUCAUUUUGUAUACCGUGUUAUGAUUUACAGGUGAAAAUAAAUAAUAAUGAUCAUUUCUGUAACGUUUUUAUCUGCAAAUGCCUUGACAUACAGUAGACGCUACCGCAUGAAGCGCUUAAGUGUAGGAAGCAAACAUAUCGCCAAACACGAAUGGUGCACAUCAUCGAGGCAAGGGGAGAAAAAAAAAAAAAAAAGAAAGAAAGAA